AUGGAGGUCAACUCCGGUGCCCCGAGCACCAAGAGGGCGAGGCUCACGCCACCGGCGACGCCUUCCUCUGGUGGUUUGGCGGUAGCGGCUGGAUGCGGCGAGGGCGCGCCUACUGGAUCCGAGGAUCAAGAAGAGCAGUUUGGUCCCGACCGCAUCAGCGACCUCCCGGACAGUGUCCUCGGUGAGAUCAUAUCCCGUCUGUCCACUAAGGAAGGCGUUCGCACUCAAAUCCUCGCACGUCGGUGGCGCCCUGUUUGGCGCGCCGCUCCUCUGAAUCUGGACUGCCAUGAGAUCCCUGUCCCACGUCUUUUCAACCCUCUAGAUCAAGUACAUUUCGAGUUGGUCACCGCGAACUCCGCCACACCGGAGGAACUCGUCCGCGUAACAUACACUGGAACUUUUUUUAGAGGAGAACAUGUCGGUGAAGAUAAUUCCUAUGAUGAUUCGUACCUUCCAGAGGCCAUCCUCUCCGGGCGUCAGAGUGCAGUUCGCCGCCUUUGCAUUCCGGCGUCCUACCUCGGCUGCAAGCACUCCACGGUCGACGACUGGCUUCGAUCCCCAAGACUGAACAAUCUACAGGUGCUCGAGUUUUACUACCUGUUCCCACCAUGCUUGAGACAACAUGACAUAGGGCCAUUCUCCUGCCCUUCGCUCAUGCCAUCACCACCAGCAUUAAACCCUCAGAUUUCCUCCUCUCUCCAAACCAUCGGCUUUGCUCUUUGCAAGUUACCAGACGAUUAUGUACGGGUGCUUAAACUACCACUGCUCAGGAGACUCUCGCUAGUAGAUGUUGAUGUAUCAGACGUCUCAUUACAAAGCAUCAUCAGCUCUACUUCUCCUACACUUGAGUCUGUACUGCUUGUUUGGACAGUCAGGCACCGUGCAUCAGAAUAA